CUUUCCAACGUCAUGAAUCAGAUCUUCUGUGCUAUUGUGACACAUCGACCUUCUGAUAAACGAAGUCCUGCCCGUCCACUUUGAUUCAAGCUCAAAGCUCCCGUCGAAACAGAUUGAACCGCCGCGACUUCCACCAUUUUCCGCGUCUCAGCCAGCGGUGUCCGACCAGCGUCACACCCUCAGAGACCGUCUGCAUCUUCUAUAUCGCUGCAUAGGCACUUCACCUUCGCGCGCCAUGUUCGGCCGUCUCACCAGACUCACUGUGGAUCUAGUGGCCAUCUCUGUCCUGAUAGCGGGAGUCAAGAAGUCCACAGGCUAUGCACCCCGAACGGAACGGAUCAAAGACACUGCCCUGAGGAGAUUCUUCGAUUCCUACUUCGCCUUGGGCGACACUGUCUUCGGAAUGGUCUGUGGUUUCGUUGUGAAUUCUCGCUACUUUAAACGGACAAUAGAGCCAUGACAUGUGCUCCACGGAUGGGGAGAAAGAUGCUUAUUGAAGCUGCGUUGUACUGGCUGUUGGAUGCCAAACUGUCGCUGUAUCGACUUGGAUCACCUGCUUCACACAUUCUUCAGGGUUCCAAGCCCUUCUGCAAAAGGCGAUAGAUAACCUUUGCUUAAGUGAAAAAUGUUUUGCAGGAAGUCGACGCUCGUCAAUUGCCUUUUGGAGCGAGGCGAAGGACUAACAGCCCCCAAUCUCACAUGACCUCCCCCGUCAUGAUAAACGAUGAGGACUCGUACAAGCUGAGACGGGCUCCCGGACUAUCCCGGACAGAGGGCUGCGAGUGGUCGGAAAUCGUUGGAUGUCUUAAUGCACCCAGUCCCGCAAUGCUGAUACUGAAAUCAUUUCUUGCCGUGAUCCUUGGUAUCGCAUACACUAAGCUUUUCCUCACUCAUGGC